AUGACCGGCGGCGGCAACAAGGAAAAGAAAGAGGAGGCGCCCAAGCCCACAGCCACAGGUCGGGGCGGCUCCAGCUUGUACGACAAGACGCUGUCGACGGCGUCGAACCUGGCGAGGCUGCUGCCGACGGGCACCACGACAGCGUUCCAGACGCUGGCGCCGUCCUUCACCAACCACGGCGAGUGCCUGCCCAUCAACCGCUACUUCACCUGGGCGCUCAUCUUCUUCCUCGGCGUGCUCUGCGCGCUCAUCUCCUUCACGGACAGCGUCACCGACCGGCACGGCAACACCCGCUACGGCUUCGUCCACCCCUGUGGCUUCACGCCCUUCAACUCCGUCCCUCACGGCGACGGGACCGUCCCCAUCGACGAGAGGGAGAGCAAGAGGCGGCGCAUGCGGGGGCGGGACUGGCUGCACUCCGUGUUCCGCUUCGUCGUCUUCGUCUCGCUCGCCUUCUGCGACUCGGGCGUGCAGAAGUGCCUCGUCCCGCGCGAGAGCCAACAGUGGCGCGAGUUCCUCGUCAACAUGCCGCUCGCAUCGGGCUUCCUCGCCAGCUUCGUCUUCAUGAUCUUCCCCUCCAGCAGGCACGGCAUCGGCGCCGGCCCCGGGGCCCCCGCCGCCCUCGACAACCUCACCGACACCAAUGCCGAUGCCGAUGCCGCCGUCAAGAGUGAUCCGCCCAAGAACAGCAAGAGUGCCCCCGCCGCCGCAGACACCCGAGUUGCCCCGUCCACCAGCUAUGACUAUGAGCUCCACCAUGCCGUCUAG